CUUCAAUGCGUGUAAGUUUGAAAUGGAAGAGUGCGGUGCAAAAAACAUUGCCUCAAAACGUGUGUUUGUCGACCACAUUAUUAAAGUCUACCCGACUGAUGAGAAGAAAAGAGUCCAGAAAUUACGGAAAUCAACUGUGACACAGUGUACGGGAAUAAGUAUAGUACCUGUUGAUAUGAAUAUACCUGUGAAUGUGAAUCUGAUUACAGUAAAUGACAUUCUUACGAAAUGUGAAAGUGAUAUUAAAAUUGUGGAAGAAAGCUCAAAUACGUUAAAGUGCAGCCUAGAAACAACAUGCAAAAGUAAUGAUAAUUCUAUAAUGAAAGUGAUAACUUUUACAGAUUCCGGUGAGUGGAAAUUAGUAAUCAGUGACCAAAAUGUUGAUCUUGACCAGAUUCAGAUAUCAAAUACAUAUCAGUCAAACACAGAAGGAGUACAAGAAAGUAAUAAGUGCUGCCAGAAAAGUGCAAUUAUGUGAAGGAGUGCCAGAAAUCAAAAAUAUAAUAAUGACAAGAUUUCAUACUCUUGAAAACUGGCUGGUUUUAAGAUCAAAACUGUGUAAUAGAGUGACACCAUUUAAUGCACUUAACAAUACUUGUAUUAAGUGCCAGAAGAUGACAAUGAUAAAUGAAAAGAAUGAAGAUAAAGACACAGAUGACAUGGAAAACAACAAAAGUUUCAAUACUCACACAUUACGACAAAAUGAAAAGGAAGAUAUGUCAAAAAAGUUACCGAAAAAAUGUGAAAAAGAAGAUAUCAAACAAUUAAUUCCUGGCGCAACUGACGAAAUGAUAGAACUUAUAUUAAGUCAAGCAAAUAAUGCCAGUAAAGAUCCGAGGGGUAGGCGGUGGACAGAGGGUAUGAUUAAUGUCUGUUUGCAGUGGUACUGUAAAAGUCCGAAGUCUUAUGAACAUUUUGACGACAGCAUAUUUGACUGAAUGCCUGAGGAGGCCAAAAGAAGAGACAUACCAGAAGAAGGUUACACUGGUGGUAUCACAACAGAUGAAAUGUCGAUCCAAUCAGACAUACAGAUUUGUAAAAUAACGAUGUCAUUGAGCUUUCUGGAUCAAUGGAUGUUGGGGAGGACGGUAAUCUAUGCAAUACUCUGAAAAAAGGGAAGAAUGAAAAGAUCCCUGGUACGCAUGCAUUACAGUUUGUUUUCUUGGUGUAAAUGGUUUUCGGUUUCCGUUCGCCCAUUUUAUAUCUGACGGUGUUCAAGCCCCUGAGUUGUAUCCGCUAUUCUGGGAAGCCGUAGAUGGCCUCAGUCUGUUUGGCUUUAAGGCUGUUUAUACGUGCAUGGUACCAUACCCAAAGCAACAGAACGUUCAUGCACAUCGAUACCAUUGCAGAUAAAUAUUUUACAUGUGACUGUCCAUGCAACUUUGGAAAAAUGGUAUUUAUUAUGGACUGUAAACAUGUCAUAAAGAAAAUUAGGAACAAUGUAUUAAAAAGUGGCAUUCUUAAGACAUCAACAAGAUUAUAAACACUUCCAAAUUCAGAAUCAGUACAAUGGCAGAUGUUUGUAGACUGUUACAAGUGAGACAAGUUAAAUGCUUUCCAGCUACACCGAAAACUUACUAACGACCAUAUGUACCCAUCAAAUCAGCUUAAAAUGCGACACCAUUUGGCAGAAGAUGUCCUAGAUUCAGACAUGCUGCAUGUGAUGCUACAGUAUCAACAAAGUCUAGGGAGUAAUGGUUCUGUAUUGAAUUGCACAACUGAAUUUUUGAGACAAACUUCUAAAUUAAUACAAAUAUUUAAAGGCAUGCGUCCUAUAAAAAAAAAUUGAUUAUCCCAGACUAAAUGAAUUACUUGCAGUUGCAUAAUGGUUUGAUGAUUGGAAAGUCAGUGCUAUGUCUAAUAGUUCAGUCUCACCAAAGGAUAGACAAAAGCAGAUAAUGUCUGCACAAUGCCACGAAGACAUCCAGGCAUGUAUCAUCGACUUUAUUCAAUUAACCAAAAUUCUACUAAGUAAAGCAACCAGAAUUUAUAUCUCUCCUGGUCUCAUAAACUCUGAUGUUAUUGAAAAUACAUUCAACCAGCAAAGGACAACAUAUCAUGGUGCGAAUUCAAAUCCAAAUGCUCUCCAGUAUAGACAGGCAUUAAACAGUAUCGUCUUGGGACAAACCACAGUGUCACAAAAAGCCAAUGCCGGGAAAAAUCGCUGUUUCAUAUAACUGUGCUUUAAGAAAGCAGGUGCCAGCUCAAAAAAAGAAAAUCAGAAAAUAAGGAAUUCACCAAAAUCAAAGUCAUCAGAAUGUAAGUAUUUUAAAAUGGUAGGCAAUAUAUCACUUAUACUCUACAAAAUAGAAAAAAGUGGAAACUUCACACAACAAAAACGAAUAUGUUGCAGGCUGGGUUUGAUUGAGCCUGUUCAUGGACAGUAUUGGAAAUGCAUGCUACCAUCCACGCCCUCUAGCCCCGGGUUGAGCAGAACUCAACAUUUACACAUGCUAAAAGUACAAAAAAACAAUUAAGAGACAUCCGCAGAUGUAUUUAAAAAAAACAAAUGUAAAUUUUGUGACUUUCUCCUUCAUUCGUUCUAUUGAGUGCCAAUUUAUCAUUUUAUGAUGUGAUAUUUUAUAGACGGAUAGUGAGCAUCAAAAAAGUCAUUAGGUGUAAUAUAACCUAACUGACUUUUAUUUACUUGACUUGUCAACCUGUAGUGAUAUUCUGAUCACAACAGCACCAGUAUGAACUUUGAUACUUAUCGGAUUUACGCAUAUCCAGUAUACCAGGGAGAUAUACUUUACCAUUUAUAAACCUCACCUUCCUGCUUCACCAGUCAUCCUGAAUGGAAAACAUCUUCUGCCUAGGUACCUGAUCAAUUGUGAGCUAUGAACGUUGCAUUACCGUACAUGAGAUGCCGGGCCCAGACACAUCUCCGCCGCUGAUCAAUGAGACGUCGUCUUACAAAAUCUGCCGAAGCAUGCGCGUUGGAUUAGCAUGGCCGCUGCAGGACGAUUGUAAACACAUCGCGAAGAAAACAGAUACAGAGACAGACGGUUAUUCUGGUGAAGUGAAAGCUUUGUUUGAAGAUCUAACCUCAUACAAGACCAAUAUAGCAAGUGCAAAGACAAAAAUCAGUACAUCAGAAGGGACAUGGGACAGGAAAUACGCAAUUGGUGUUAUCAACUUGUACACACAACAGAGUAAGUUUUACUCAACACUGAACUACGAAAUGCGAAACAUGUACCCAGACAAUACAACUGAUAUAUGGAAACGAGCUGGCGACCUUAUUAACAGGGGCCUAGAUAUUCUUGGACCAACGAUUCAUAGUUUACUCUACAGGGGAUGUCGAAAUAUAAAUACAAGUCCAGUUGUUGGGGAAGAUUUCCUCUUUAAUCAAAUUACUAGUACAAGUACUUCGAAAUCAAUCGCUGAGGGAUUUAUUUCAUGCAAAAAUGGUAACCUUUUUAAGAUAUCCAAUGUUUAUGGUGUGGCCGUUUCAAGUUUUUCACAGUUUUCGUUCGAAGGAGAAGUAAUAAUCAAAUCUUGCAAUAUCUUUAAAGUAGAUAAAGGUCCAAUAAAAGAAAACAGUUACAAUGUUUAUUAUCUGAACGGUCAAGCUGAUGUAAACGGUAUCGACAAAGACUGUACAUUGGAUGAAAACGAUGUCGACAGAGAACGUACAUGGGAUGAAAACGGUGUUGACAUAAAUCGCACACAGGAUGAAAACGGUGUCGACAGAGAACGUACAUGGGAUGAAAACAAUGCUGAAAGACCAGGUGCAGGAAUCAUUCCAAACUAUGUAACUUCUAUGUUGCUGAGUCUGAGUAUUGUGCUUUGCCACUAGACAAUUGUGGAAAACAUUAUUAUAUCGCCAAGAUAAACAACUAUGCAUAUCAUUUUUUCUAGAAUCAUUAUGAAACUGAAUCUCAUUUGAGAUAGAAACUUGAAUGAUGUCACCGUGCUCUUAUAAUCAAUAUACAACCAUAACCAUUUUUAAAAGGUUACAUAAAUAUACAUAAACACACAUAUACACAUUGAUUUUACAAUAGAGUGAAAUCCAUUAUCAUAGUAUGAUAAUUAAGAACGAAAGUACAUUAUUUUUAAAAAUAUUUAUUCCAAAUAAAUGUGCAUUUAUUUGUGUAAACAUAUAACUUUUAAAUAGGUAGAAUUAUAACCAAUUUAGACAGCGUCUUGUAGAAUCCUUUCUUUUUGUUUGACAUAUUUUGUAUUAUUUUAUUUGUAUUAACCAGAGCUUUUGAGUUUUAGGACUUACGGAAUAUUUAUAGUUAAGGAGGAAACAAAUGGAAAAGGCAAAAACACUUAAAAAUUCAUUUCAAAGUAUAUGACUGAAACUGAAACGACAUUUACAGAGGGAAGAUGGAAAGGCAGAUAAAAAGAAAGGAAAAGCAAUAUCUCACUUCAAAUGGAAUGGAUCUGUUUGGAUAAUUGGAUAAAACCCUUGCGUCUGAUAUAUAAGAUUGUACUUAUGUAAGAUUAAGGUAUUUUCUUGAUCUGUAAUUGUUGGUUUACCGAAUAAUAGUGUGUCCUGGAUUAUGUUAGAAGUUUUGAAGACUGUUAAGCAGAAUCAUAAGAAUAUUAUAAUAGAACAUUAAAUCUUUCUCAAUUUCACCACAACCGCACAAAGGCAUAGAGGGUAUGUUUUUUCGGAAACAGAUGACAGUUGAGAGAACUACAUUUUGUACGAAGAAGUGCAUGACGAAAUAAAAUGUAUAGGUCCUUGUG